CACCUUCCUCAUCAGUAGCACUCACCUCUCUCUCUCUCUCGCUCUCGCACACUGUCUCUAUCCUGCUAUUGAAGAACUAAACAAACAAGAUAAAAUCAGGGUUUGGUAGGGAUGGGUUCGCCGGUUUUGCCAGAUCUGGGAACGGAGAUUCUGAUUCCGGUAUGUGCCAUUAUCGGAAUCGGAUUUUCUCUCUUUCAAUGGCUGUUGGUCUCCAAAGUCAAGCUUACACCGGGUUCGGCGGCGUCCAAUAACAGUCGAGGUUCUGGAAAGAAUGGACAUGGUGAUUACUUGAUUGAAGAAGAAGAAGGACUUAAUGACCAUAAUAUUGUUCUUAAAUGUGCUGAGAUUCAAAACGCCAUCUCUGAAGGUGCAACUUCUUUCCUUUUCACCGAAUAUCAAUAUGUUGGAAUUUUCAUGGUUGCAUUUGCAAUCUUGAUUUUCGUUUUCCUUGGCUCUGUUGAGGGAUUCAGCACAAAGAGUCAGCCUUGCACCUAUGACCCAUUGAAGCUUUGCAAGCCUGCUCUUGCCACUGCUGGGUUCAGCACCAUAUCCUUCAUGCUUGGUGCCGUCACAUCAGUGGUUUCUGGGUUUCUUGGGAUGAAAAUUGCCACCUAUGCAAAUGCCAGAACCACCCUGGAGGCAAGAAAAGGAGUUGGGAAGGCUUUCAUCACUGCAUUUAGAUCUGGGGCAGUCAUGGGUUUUCUCCUUGCUGCAAAUGGUUUAUUGGUGCUUUACAUUGCCAUCAAUCUCUUCAAGCUCUACUACGGAGAUGACUGGGAAGGGCUUUUUGAGGCUAUAACUGGUUAUGGACUGGGAGGAUCUUCCAUGGCUCUCUUUGGCAGAGUUGGAGGAGGUAUCUACACCAAAGCUGCCGAUGUUGGUGCUGAUCUUGUUGGCAAGGUUGAAAGGAACAUUCCUGAGGAUGACCCAAGAAAUCCUGCUGUGAUUGCUGACAAUGUAGGUGACAAUGUUGGUGAUAUAGCUGGCAUGGGAUCUGAUCUUUUUGGAUCAUAUGCCGAGUCCUCUUGUGCUGCCUUAGUUGUUGCUUCCAUCUCCUCUUUUGGAAUCAAUCAUGAGUUGACUCCAAUGCUAUAUCCUCUUAUUGUCAGUUCUGUGGGUAUCAUUGUUUGUUUGCUCACCACCUUAUUUGCAACUGAUUUCUUCGAGAUCAAGGCUGUGAAUGAAAUUGAGCCAGCACUAAAGAAUCAACUCAUCAUCUCCACUGUUCUGAUGACUAUUGGAGUUGCCAUUGUUAGUUGGAUUGCUCUCCCAUCUUCCUUUACCAUCUUCAAUUUUGGAACCCAGAAAGUUGUCAAGAAUUGGCAACUCUUCUUGUGUGUUGCUGUUGGUCUCUGGGCUGGUCUUCUUUUUGGAUUUGUAACUGAGUACUAUACUAGCAAUGCAUACAGCCCUGUUCAAGAUGUAGCUGAUUCCUGCCGAACUGGAGCUGCCACUAAUGUUAUUUUUGGGCUUGCUUUGGGAUAUAAAUCUGUCAUUAUUCCUAUCUUUGCUAUUGCAGUCAGCAUUUUUGUUAGUUUCUCCUUUGCUGCUAUGUACGGUAUUGCUGUAGCCGCCCUUGGAAUGCUGAGUACCAUUGCCACUGGCUUGGCAAUUGAUGCAUAUGGUCCCAUUAGUGACAAUGCCGGAGGUAUUGCUGAGAUGGCAGGAAUGAGCCACAGAAUUCGAGAGAGAACUGAUGCCCUCGAUUCUGCCGGAAACACCACUGCUGCUAUUGGGAAGGGCUUUGCCAUUGGCUCUGCAGCUCUCGUCUCCCUGGCCCUAUUUGGUGCCUUUGUCAGCCGUGCUGCUAUUUCAAAAGUUGAUGUGUUGACUCCUAAAGUUUUCCUUGGUUUGAUUGGGGGGGCAAAGCUUCCUUAUUGGUUCUCUGCCAUGACAAUGAAGAGUGUGGGAAGUGCAGCUCUUAAGAUGGUUGAGGAAGUUCGCAGGCAAUUGAACACCAUCCCUGGCUUGAUGGAAGGCACUGCCAAGCCUGACUAUGCAACCUGUGUCAAGAUCUCUACUGAUGCUUCCAUCAAGGAGAUGAUCCCACCUGGUGCACUUGUCAUGCUCACACCCCUUAUUGUUGGGAUCUUUUUUGGUGUUGAAACCCUCUCCGGUGUCCUUGCUGGGUCCCUCGUGUCUGGUGUCCAGAUUGCCAUCUCUGCCUCCAACACCGGUGGUGCAUGGGAUAAUGCCAAGAAAUAUAUUGAGGCUGGUGUUUCUGAGCAUGCAAGAUCUCUUGGCCCUAAAGGAUCAGAUCCACACAAGGCAGCUGUUAUUGGUGACACCAUUGGGGACCCAUUGAAGGAUACAUCAGGACCAUCACUUAACAUCCUCAUCAAAUUGAUGGCCGUUGAAUCACUUGUCUUUGCCCCAUUCUUCGCCACACACGGAGGCCUGCUCUUCAAGAUAUUCUGAGCAGUAAAAACGGUCCACCAGUCCCAUCUCUACUGUUUUGUCCUACUGUGUUUCUCCCCUCAAAAGUAUAUGUGUAGUUCUUAGUUGAUGAUGGACUUUAAAUCUCUCUCCUGACGUUGACUGGUGGAGAAUCUUUUCCCUGCUCAAGGGGCCGAUUACGGUGGUGAUAAUCAAUCUAGUGAAGAGAGCUGGACAAAAAGUUGUCAUUUUACUUUCUAGCAAGAACAGUUAAAUUUUUGCAAAUCUGUCGCAAAUUUUGAUUGUAUUAUGCUUUCUUCUGUUUGAGUUGCCUCUAUUUUGUUUU